CCACUUCCGAAUUGCUACUUCCGAGUUCCGAAAUCAGGAAGCUUUUUAAAAAUUGAAGUAAGCGGAGGUGGGUUUUCUAAAUUAAUAACUUUUUUUGAAAUCAGUCUUUGAGCAGUUCAAUUCAGUUGCUUCUCUGUACAAAAGACUUUCAUCGAUCAGGUAGAGGUUUGGUAGCAUCACGUUUAAUAUCAAGAUCAGUAUGGAAGGCAAAAGUAAUGCUAUGUACGAUCAAAUGAACACUGCAGCGACUGCGCCGCCGUAUCCAACAUAUGGCACAGACACGAACAGCGCUUAUCCACCAGUUUCAACGGGCUAUCCUCCUGUUGCGAGUGCUUACCCUCCGCUAGAAAGUGCUUAUCCACCUACAACAAAUGCCUAUCCCCCUCCAAUGAACGCUUAUCCACCGCCAAUGGCAGCCCCUCCGCCGUAUUCAGCCAGUGUUCCAUACGAAACACAAACUACAAAUACGACUAUUGUUGCAAUUACAACGGACUCGUAUCAACCUUAUACACCCGAAGUUGGCUUUGACAGCAAAACCGUUCGUUUGGGUAAGUUUGACAAGUAAUCCUAAGUUUAUUUCACAAAAUUUCACAGUGAAACCCUAAGAUAAUUUAAAAGACACAAAUUGAAAUAUCGAAACGUCAAAUGUGAAAUAUGAAAUUAUUAUGCAAGAUCGUUCGACCGAAUGAUCAAGCUGCUUUGUUUACAUUUAAUAAUAGAUCACGGUUUUAUAUUUUAUAUUAAAGCUUAAGAGAAUGUUGGCACUGGUAUUUUCAAAAAUUUUAAAUUGCUGACAAGUUCAUGUUAAAUUUCAUGUUUAUGGAAGGCGGAAUUAAUUUGCAACCAUUACGUCAUAUUAAAUCCAGCAUUUUAUAAUACGCAAUGCCAUGGUUAUGUUUACAGUGUUUGGCUGGGAUCGGUUCUACCCAACUGAAAAUGGAAUGAGUGAAGGAUGUUGUAUGUACGCCAUGCUUAAUGAUACAAAUUACAGCCGUACCAUACAG